AUGACAGACAAGCUUCCUCCAAAUCUUCUCGCCCUCUUCGCGCCGCGCCCGCCUUUACGAUGGGUGCCUGCUCCCGAUUUCCCUCCCGAGCAGCGAAGGACGCAUAAAAUUACCGCCAUCGCCAAUUAUCUCCCUGCCCUUGCUUCUUAUAAGGACAAUGACGGAUACCAACCUACCGAGAGCUGGUUGCAGAUGCGCGACAGGAAAAAGCUUGAGAAGAAGGCACAGCAAGAGAGGAUGUUGACUGAGGGUCCACUAAACUAUAAGCCCAAUGAUGAUCCUAACAUACGUGGCGACCCGUUCAAGACUUUAAUUGUCGCGCGACUGAGUUAUGAUGCUACCGAGCAUGACCUCGAGAAAGAAUUUGGGCGCUUUGGUCCCGUCGAACGCAUCCGUAUCGUGAGCGAUACACAUGCCCACGAGAAGCCGAAUAAGAAAAAGAAGCCCCAUCGCGGAUAUGCUUUUGUUGUUUUUGAACGUGAGAAAGACAUGAGAGAUGGUUGCGAUGGCAUUCGCAUUAGAGAUCGCCGAAUUAAGGUAGACGUCGAAAGAGGUCGAACAGUUAAAGGCUGGAAACCUCGUCGCUUCGGUGGUGGCCUGGGUGGUCGUGGAUAUUCUAAGGCUGCGCCUCCUCAGCCUCGCGGCCCCGGAUUUGGGGCCGGUUUCGGUGGACGCGAAGGCUUCCGCGGAGGUUUCCAGGGCCGUGGAAGAGGAGGAGGAGGAGGAGGAGGGUUCGGGGGUGGUCGUGACCGCGGUUUCCGAGGAGGAGGUAGUGGCGGUGGAGGUGGCGGUGGCGGUGGGGGGGAUUUCGGCUCCGGUCGUGAUCGUGGCUUCGGUCCUCAGAACAGCUACAACCCACCUCCUAAUGCGCCGGCCGGUCCUAACUUCGGUGGACGCCGUGGGUUUGGCGGAGGUGAUCGGGACCGCAGUGGUCCAGGAGGACCAGGAGGACCAGGUGGUUCAGGUGGUGGGUAUGACUCGCGCAACGGCAGUCGCUCAUAUGAUGAUAGAUCAGGCGGACAUCGUGACGGAGGCAGAUUCGGCGACCGCGACCGCCGAAGCGGCGCUAACUUCGAACCUGUUCGUGGCGGACGAGAGUAUCGCGACUACGACCGGUCGAGAGACGACGAGAGUCGGAAACGGGGCUACGAAGGCACGUACGAGGAUCCGCGAAAGCUACGACGCUACUGA